AUGAAGGACGGCUCCAUGGCAACGGGACAGGUCUCUUUCCACAACCCCAAGUUGGUCCGUAAAGUGCUCGUCCGAGAGCGCGAAAAUGCCAUCGUCAACCGACUCAACAAGACGCGCGAGGAGAAAUUCCCCGAUCUGAGGGCGGAAAAAGAAGAGUUUCUAAAAAUGAAGAGGAGGGGCGAGAGAAAGUUCAGAGACGAACAACGCACCAAGGAAAAACAGGAGAAGAGAGAGAGGGAACAGCUCAAGUGGCAGAAAGAGCAUGCCUAUGAUGAUCUGUUGAGUGAGGAGAAUGUACAACAAAGCAGCAACCAGGAUCGAGAUCCUGACUUCCUAGAUGACUUCAUGUGA